AUGAAUGCUACUCGAUGUUGGCAGUACGGUAGCUCUUAUUCUCGUCAAGGAACUUGCCAGACGGGUAGAAAAGAACGGGCUUUGCUGCUUCUCAAGAAGAAAAAGUAUCUUGAAAACUUGAUACAGAAGACUGGAAUACAGCUAUCAAAUAUUGAGCAGCUUGUUUGUGACAUAGAGUUCGCUCAGGUAGAAGUGGAAGUUUUAAGUGGAAUUAAACGUGGAAACGACGCUCUAAGAAAUAUUCAGAAGGUGAUGUCACUCGAUGACGCGGAACAAAUAAUGUCAGAUGCUCGUGAGGCCGUUGAUUAUCAGCGAGAGCUAAACGAUAUUGUAUCAGGUGGUCUAUCCUCUGAGGACUAUGGUGAUAUUGAACGUGAUUUAGCUCACCUACUGGAGGACCAAGUUUUACACCUGCCGGAUGUACCACAGCACCCUAUAAGAGAUCAGGCUAUGGAAGAGAAGUCAAAAGAUUCUGCACGGAAGGAACGAUAUAAACCAGCUGUUGCUAUUUCCAGCUAA